UUCGGUGGUAUGAGACAAAGUCUUUGGAGAGAGAGAGAGAGAGAUCGCUUUUUGUUGGGUUCAUUGCUGAAGAUUUUCAUUUACAGUGAGCAAAAGAGUGGUAAUGAGAGAUCUCAAAUAUGUUUAAUGGAGUGCCAGACCAGUUCCACGAACUCAUAUCCUCAAGAGCAGCUCUCACACUCCCUCUUCCACUCACUCUACCUCUCCAUGUCUCCCCUCCUCCUUACUUCUCCGGCCUGGAUCCCUCCCCCCCAAAUCACCAAUUAUUCCAGUCUCACUCCCUACUUCUUCACCAAUUGCACCGACACUCCUCGUCGGUCCAAAAUGAAGAGCAAGAAGAAGAGAGGGAGAUGACUUCAAGUAUGGAGCUCCCAGGACUCAAAUCCACUUCCGAACUGGUAGAUCCAUGGAGGGAAGAGGAAAUACUUGCACUCUUGAGAGCCAGAUCUACCAUAGAAACUGGGUUUUCUGAUUUCAUUUGGGAACAUGUUUCCAGGAAGCUUGCAGAGGUUGGGUUCAGAAGGAGCCCUGACAAAUGCAAGGAGAAAUUUGAAGAGAUGAGCAGGUUCUGCGGCAGCAGCAACAACAACAACAGUUACACUAAGAAUUACAGGUCUUUCAGUGAACUUGAAGCCGUCUAUGAAGGUGAAAACCCUAAGACCUCGGCCGAAAAGCAGGUGGAAAUAACUAAUGAAGGUGGGGGCAAGGUGACACUGAAUUUGGAAGACAAUUCAGGAAACGAGAGCUUGGUGAACCCACCUGUUGAGAAUAAAUACGUGGUCAAGAAAUCAAAAGUGAAGAAGAGAAAGAGGCAUCACAAGCUCGAAUUGAUGAAGAAUUUCUGUGAAGAGAUUGUGAACAAGAUCAUGGCCCAGCAAGAAGAGUUGCAGAAUAAGCUCCUCCAAGAUAUGGAAAGAAGAGAGGAGGAAAGGUUUGCAAGAGAAGAAGCUUGGAGGAAGCAAGAAAUGAUCAGGAUUAACAGGGAGAUCGAAACUAGGCAACACGAGCAAGAGGUUGCACGCGAUAGAGAAGCUACCAUCAUUGAACUCCUGCAGAAUUUAACAUCAAUUGGUCCAUCUCAGAACCUUGGUUUCUCGGUGCAAAACGAAGAUCUCCUUCAGACAACAAACAAUAAGCAGAAUCGACUCACUUCACCGUCUUCAAGCCCAGCACAGAAGCCUACUUCUUUAUCCGAUACGUUCUCCCAGUUUAACCUUAAAGAACCCAGUUCAUCUGCUAACCCAAACCCACCAACCUCGUCUUCUGAAGCCCCAUCAGAACCCCAGAACUCUGAUCCAACUACUUCUCAUCAGGCCAAUCCAAUAGUACCCACUUCUUCAACUCCAGCCAUGGCUCCCCAAAACCCUAACUCCCGUACUGCGCAAAACAACACAGUACUACUACCCACUUCAUCAUCGACUGCAGUUCUGCCCCCUCAAAACCCUAAUUCUACAUCCAGCGACAGAGAAGACCAUGGCAAGAGAUGGCCAAGAGAUGAAGUGAACUCACUGAUAAACCUGAGGUGCAACCUCUACAACAGCACCGAAGAUAAGGAUGGAAACAAAGUUCCUAUAUGGGAGAGAAUCUCACAAGGAAUGUUGGAGCUGGGUUACAGGAGAAGUGCAAAGAAAUGCAAAGAGAAAUGGGAGAACAUAAACAAGUACUUCAGGAAAACCAAGGAUGCAAACAAGAAGAGGUCUCUUGACUCCAAAACUUGUCCUUACUUCCAUCAAUUGAGCAGUUUGUACAGUCAAGGCACACUCUCUGUACCCUCUGAAGCACCUGAAAACCAUUCCAGUUCGCCAGAAAACCGCUUGGAGUCCCCGGAAACCCGCUUCGGAUCCUCUAAGUGUGGUUUUAGUGAAGCAAUUAUGCAUGUUGACGAAGGUAAGAAGAACUUGGGUCAAGUACCCGCCUUAGAUUUUGAAUACUAAUUAAGCUUUUCUUUUCUUUUCUUAAGCUAUUUCAAUUACCCUUUAUUAAUAAAGUGGUAUAUUCUCAUUUUCAUUUGUUU